AUGCAUUGGGUUAACCCUGCGGAAAAUGGCAUAGGAUCUUGCAACGGCAUAAAUGUACUCCAGCGUUCGCCGGUUUUUGACGACCUUCUCAACGGUCGAGCUCCACAAGUCCAGUUCGACGUGAAUGGAAAUACCUACAACAAAGGGUACUAUCUCACAGAUGGAAUUUAUCCAAAAUGGGCAACCUUUAUUGAUGCUAUAACCGCUCCCCAAACCCAUAAACAAAGGUUGUUCACUCAACGUCAAGAAAGUGCACGAAAGGAUGUUGAAUGUGCCUUUGGUGUACUACAAGCUCGAUUUGCAAUGAUUCGAAAACCUACUUUAGCAUGGAGUGUGCCAAUGCUAUGGAAAAUUAUGAUGACAUGUAUCAUUAUCUACAAUAUGAUUGUGGAAGACGAGUGCGAUACUUAUGUUGAUUAUAAAGAUCCACAAGAGUUCGCUCAAGAACAACCUGGAAAUGUAGCAGGAUCAUCAAGCUUAAAUGGUAUAACAUUUUCUGUCACUCCCGGACGAUAUGAUAAUCGUAAUUUUACGACACUCUUACCUACAAGAGAAGAGAUUGGUGAUAGACAUAUAGAUAUGUCUUUAAAGAGUGAUUUGGUAGAGCAUAUGCGGGAAAAAGUUUGGAAACUCCUAUGCAGACUAAUUUUGGAAUAG